AUGCCGCCAAAAGUCUAUGCUUCUCAAGCCUGUCGAGCCUGUCGUCGUCUGAAGAGAAAAUGUACUCGAGAAGUUCCUACAUGUGCUCUGUGCUACCGUCUCGGCAAGAACUGCGAGUACGCUGAAACUGCAGCCUCGGACUCAACCCUCUCUACCAGGCUUAGUCACAUUGAGCAGAUUCUCCACGUUGACGGGGUCUCUCCGUCAAGGAGCCUGCCGGGUAUCAGUCCUGCCGCCUUCUUCCCUAGACCAGCGGAGGCCUUUCCGCUGCCCUUUUUCCUGGAUUCGGAGUAUUUGUCUCCCCAGGGGCUCAACUCUCUCUCUUGGAGUCAAAAUCCACAGCUUCAUCAGGUAGUGGCUGAACACCUGGACGAUGAUCGAGUGGCGCUCUGUGAAGAGUACCUCAAGACAGUGCAUAAAUGGCUGCCCAUAGUCAGCCGGAAGCGCCUCCUCAACGAGCUUAAUAGCGAUCCAGCAGAAGUCGAUGGCUGUCUUGCCAUUUUUCUCCUGUGCAUAAAAGCAUUCAGCACAAAGGAUGGAGAGUGCGCCAAGACCUCAUCGUGGUAUUUGCUGGCUAGAUCGCUUUGUUCGGAAGCAGAAUCAGCGGGCUUUGUAUCCCUACGACUUGUUCAGUCUCUCGUUCUGCUAGCAGUCUACGAGCUGUCGCAUGCCAUCUAUCCCGGCGCAUACUUGACGCUUGGGCGCGCGUCGAGAUUAGGUAUUCUUCUAGGUAUACAUGACCGGAAGAACAAUCAAUUGUUUAAGCCCGCAGAGACCUGGACCCUUCGGGAAGAGCAACGCAGGACGUCGUGGGCGAUAUUUUUACUUGACAGGCUUAUGAAUAUUGAAACAAAUCUACCAUUCACCGUUCCCGAACCUGUUCAAGACGAGCUACUGCCGAUCAAUGAUGAGGACUGGGAUGAAGGGAAAAUUGUUCCCAGCGAGCCGCUGUUCACAUUAUCCUUUAGCAGCCUGACAGCUGUGGGUUCUUUCGCAAAGAUGUGCCAGGCCGCCCACAUGCUUGGCAAAGUCUUGUCUCACAGGGCGAGUAAACGUUCUUUGCAGGAUGUCGGGAGUCUUCUCCCUGAAGCCGUGGCCCUUCAUUCAGCGCUGUCUGCGUUACAUCUCUCUAUCAAAGAAUACAUUUCUGGAACAACAUCUUCCGACUUUUCCAUCUCCGGCAUCAUAUCGCUUUCUUUGUGCUGCUCUGCUCAGCUUCUCCUCUACAACAUGUAUGGCUGUAACGAGCCGCUCGUUCUUAUCGAGCAAAGUCGGAUCGCCAUGGAGACGGAGAUGCAAAGCGUUAGCCUCCAUGGAAUCAAAUCAAUCUCUUUCGAUGUUAUGCCGGCAAUCGCGCGCGCCAACAUCGAAUGCCCACUCAUAACGCAAUGCCUAUACCACGUGGCGACGGAGUGUGCGUGGUUUGUACGAGAAGACCAUGAGCCACAGAUGUACAGCGCCUUGGAGGACGUUUUACGAGAGCUAAAGUCUACCGGAGAAAAAUGGAGGAUUGCCAUGGAGUAUCUUGCGCUGUUGCAGCAAGCUGGUGUUUUGAGUCUGAUCACUGUUGACACGGAUGCAUCUUCCACACUAACCCCAUCAUCUGGAUAA